AUGGCUGAAGCUCACAAAAAAAUAGCUCAAGAAUUUGCACAAGCACUCAAUGCUGGUCAUGUUAAUGAUCUUGAUAAAUAUUUGGAGCAUUAUGUUGAAAAAAUUGAACACUCCACGAUUCCUUAUAAAAAUAUUGAUGAAGCACGAGAAUAUUAUUCAAAGGAACAUCAAGCUCAUCCACCGGCUGAAUGGAAAAUUCUUGAUUUUCAACACGAUGAUCCAAACACUGAUACAUUAACAGCUCGUGUUUCACAUAAUAAUCAAAUAUACCAUACAACUUAUACGUUUAGUUCAGCAGGAAAAAUUGAAAAAAUUCAUUCCGUUCCUGAACAUCAUCAUCAUCACACUACUCACUAA